AUGUUGCAACGUCGCCGGGUGUCGAAGAUUCCGGAACCUGAUUUGCUCAAGGUUGUGGAGGCGGGUCUCACAGUGGGGAGCCUGGUUGGAUCAUGUUGGAUCCUGGAUUGGGCGUUGGGCACCAGGCGUCGCGCCGCCGUGGAGGCAGAUGCCAAAGUCAUGCGGGAGAAGCGUCUGCGAAGGGCAACUAGAAGGCCAGAGGAGUCGCUGGAAGAUCUACUGAUUAAGAGCAGGGAUCAAGCAGAGGCGUUGGACUAUGCCGCCGGUGGAGACUCUGAUGAGGUUCAGGUGGCUUUUGAGACUUUCCACCGUGCCGUCGCGGACCCAGUGGAAGCAAGGUGCGGCAAGCAUUUGAAAAGAAGGCAGCUGCAAAGGCAGAUCCAGGCAGAUCCAGUGUCCAGAUUUUUUCGAGGUGAAGCGGAAGGCUUGGAGAUCACGAGUCUUCUAUGUGCAGGGCCCCCAACUGGUCCUGCCCUACCUGUGGUUGUGCUGACUGACCCUAUUUCCACUGGAGCGCUUCUGGUGGACAUCGUGUUGUCUAGCGGCUUCGGGGUCCUCGUCUUGUGGAGUAAAGAACGCGCAGAGUCAUUGCCUAUCAGCCACAAAGGAGUCUACAAGGCAGUCAAAGAGCAAGUCUCCAUUCCUGAAACUGUGAAGGCAAUCAAAGGUGCUCUCAGUCCAGGCUCUGCAAUUAUAGCUUGCAUUCCUGGCAGUGAAUCAGGUGUCAACUUGGCGGAUCUCAUUUCCAUUUGGCUUGGCCUUCUUGCGAACGGCUCUGGGAACCGACCUUUUCCCGCAGGUGACCGCCGAAACAAACAUUUGCAGAGCAGUGUGCUCAAAGGAAUUGCUGGUUGCCGUGCCAUUCGUGAAGUUUGUGGCUGUGCAUGGGAAGAGGUGAGAGAUUCUUGCAGGGAAUUGGGGCUUCCUAUGGUGGUGAAGCCGGUGCAGUCUGCAGGCACGGAUGGAGUCAAACUUUGCUACUCCAUGAAGGCAGUAGAGGAGCAUUUCAGACACUUGCAAGCCACACAGAGAAGAUUUGCGUCCUCUGAUCAUGCAAUUCUGCUCCAGGAAUUUAUGGUUGGCCAGGAGUAUGUGGUGGACCAAGUAUCUCGGGAUGGAGUGCACAAGACUAUCAUGACUUGGGUCUAUGAGAAGCAACCGGCAAAUGGUAGUGAUUUUGUCUAUCUAGCAAUGCGUCCAGUGGAGUCCAAGGACUGUCCAAGUGAUCUGAUCCCAUACACUCGUUCAGUGCUUGAUGCAUUGGACAUUCAGAACGGCGCGACCCACACAGAAGUCAUGAUGACUGCUGAUGGUCCCUGUCUUAUUGAAGUCAACGUGAGGGUCAUGGGUGGCAACGGCUCCUUUAUCUCUUUGGCACGUUUGCUCACUGGGACUUCACAUGCUGAUGCGGUUCUUGAUUGCAUCGACCAGAAGCGCUUUGAUGCCUUGCCUGAUGUCCCCAGGGCCUUUCAAGCUUCAGGUCUGGUGGUGUUUCUCAUCUCUUAUUCUUCUGGCAUUGUGGCAAGCACACCAGGCUACGAGGUGAUGAAGAAGAUGGAUUCAUUCCUCGAAUUGCACACAUCUAUUUCACCCGGAUCUGCAGUGGAAGUCACUGUGGACACUUUCACCUUUGCUGGCAUUUUGGUGCUGGCUGGCUCCGAAGAUCAGAUUUGGGCAGAUAUUGUGGAGGUGCGUAGACUAGAAAAGGAAGGCCUUUUUUGCUUCACUGAAACAAAUAGGUUUCAGUGCGGCGGGGCUUGA